AUUUCACCUUGUGCGGGUUGCAGCGCCGUGCAAAGAACGGGCGCCGGGCGCGCGAGCGAAGGGAAGGGGCGGGAAGGGGCGCCUGGAGGCCGCUGGAGCCGCCUCCCGCGUGGAAGCAUGUCGCUGGUGGCCGAAGCCUUCGUGACCCAAAUAGCGGCUGCAGAGCCUUGGCCUCAAAAUGCUGCAUUGUAUCAGCCAUUGAAAGAGGAACAAAUUUUGCUUUCUGAUAAUGCCGCCUGUCUUGCUGUUCAGGCCUUUUUGCAAAUGUGCAAUCUGCCAGUCCAGGUGGUUUGUAGGGCAAAUGCAGAAUAUAUGUCCCCAUCUGGAAAAGUGCCAUUUAUUCAUGUAGGAAAUCAAGUAGUUUCAGAACUUGGCCCCAUUGUCCAGUUCGUAAAAGCCAAGGGCCAUUCACUUAGUGAUGGGUUGGAUGAAGUCCAAAAAGCUGAGAUGAAAGCCUACAUGGAAUUAGUCAAUAAUAUGCUUUUGACAGCAGAGCUGUAUCUUCAGUGGUGUGAUGAUGCUACAGUCCAGGAGAUUACUCACCCAAGAUAUGGAUCACCUUAUCCUUGGCCUCUCAAUCGUAUUUUGGCCUAUCAGAAGCAAUGGGAGGUCCAACGUAAAAUGAAGGCUAUUGGCUGGGGCAGUAAGUCACUUGAUCAGGUGCUAGAAGAUGUAGAUCAAUGCUGUCAAGCCCUUUCUCAAAGGCUUGGAACGCAACUGUAUUUCUUCAAUAAGAAGCCAACUGAAUUGGAUGCUUUGGUAUUUGGACAUCUGUUCACCAUCCUUACUACUCAGCUGAUCAGUGAUGAGCUCUCUGAGAAGGUCAAAAGCUACAGCAACCUCAUUGCUUUUUGCAGCAGAAUUGAGCAGCACUAUUUUAAGGACCAGGAUAAAGGCAGCCCAGGAAGUAUCCCAGCCUUAAGGCAAAUGUUAAUAAGCUGAAUGGGUGGUGAUGCCAGAAACGAUGAAACGGAUCCUUCCAGUGCUCCUGUUGUUAUAGCAGCGUUAGCAAUGGCUUUGAUGAGCGAUGGGCCUCAGUGCCCUGUUUGAAGUUGCCACACCCAAGAGAAUGUGCUUGGGAUGAAGACACUUUAUUUAAGAUGAAAUCAUUGGAGUUUUUCAUUAUAAUAGUCGCAUGCCAUGUCAAUAUCACUCUAAAGUGUCCUUGAAAAAAAUGUGUCAAGAUUGAACAAUACAACUUAUGACGACA